GUCCAAUGGCGAGAGAGAGAAGAGUCGGAGCCGACGGAGUUUUGAGAGAGCAAGACUAGAGAUACGGACAGGAGCGGCCCCUCGAUGCGCCGGAGCUCAGACACACACUCACAUGCACCCACACACCCACACACACACCCUGGCCGAACUCUAAUCUCGAUUUCGGGAAGUUUUACACCUCGGAGCCGCAGUCUUACUUUUUCCCAAGAAACCACGGGCACUACGGGCCUGCGCUCCGUUUUUAAAGUGGACCUAACACCGCCUUACUUUCUGGACAUGGGAGACAUGGGGGACCCACCAAAAAAAAAACGCCUGGUUUCUUUGUGCGUGGGCUGCGGGAAUCAGAUCCACGACCAGUACAUCCUGCGCGUGGCGCCCGACCUCGAGUGGCACGCGGCGUGUCUCAAAUGCGCGGAGUGUAACCAGUAUCUGGACGAGUCAUGCACUUGCUUUGUCCGGGACGGCAAGACGUACUGUAAACGCGACUACAUCAGACUCUACGGAAUCAAAUGCGCAAAGUGCAACAUCGGUUUCAGCAAGAACGACUUUGUGAUGCGCGCUCGCGCUAAGGUGUAUCACGUGGAGUGUUUCCGGUGCGUGGCGUGCAGCAGGCAGUUGAUCCCGGGCGAUGAGUUCGCGCUACGGGAGGACGGCCUGUUCUGUCGAGCCGAUCACGACGUGGUGGAGAGAGCCAGCUUGGCGCCCGGGGAGCCGCUCAGCCCCCUGCACCCGGCCCGGCCCUUACAGAUGGCAGCAGAGCCAAUCUCGGCGCGGCAGCCCGCGUUGCGCCCGCACGUGCACAAGCAGCCAGAGAAGACGACGCGCGUGCGCACGGUGCUUAACGAGAAGCAGCUGCACACUUUGCGCACGUGCUACAACGCGAACCCGCGGCCCGACGCGCUCAUGAAGGAGCAGCUCGUGGAGAUGACGGGCCUGAGCCCGCGGGUCAUCCGCGUCUGGUUUCAGAACAAGCGCUGCAAGGACAAGAAGCGCAGUCUGCUGAUGAAGCAGCUCCAGCAGCAGCAACCUAACGACAAGACGAACAUCCAAGGGAUGACGGGAACUCCAAUGGUGGCUACCAGUCCAGAGAGACACGACGGAGGAUUACAGGCGAACCCGGUGGAGGUGCAGACUUAUCAGCCACCAUGGAAGGUCCUGAGCGAUUUUGCUCUGCAGAGCGACAUCGACCAACCGGCUUUUCAGCAACUGGUGAAUUUUUCUGAAGGAGGACCAGGCUCGAAUUCAACAGGGAGUGAAGUGGCGUCCAUGUCCUCGCAACUGCCAGAUACACCAAACAGCAUGGUGGCCAGUCCCAUCGAGGCCUAGACGAUUCGGAUUAAUCUUCCUUUCCACAAUCGGAGGAAAAUAAAAGAGGGUCGCCAAGGUCGUCGAGUCCCUGUUUCACCGAGGCUACACUCCCGAAUAACACCGACAGACCUCCAAUUCCGCGGGGCUUCUCUAUCCAAACAAGCCCUUGGUUGCGUUUAUACACUGUGAUGACAAUCGUGGGAACGAAAGGCGCUCUAGUGAAAAGACACUUCACGAGAAGACGAGCGUUACCGGAAGUCGCUAACAUCCGGCGGAAGUAGACUUACGCCGGGUCCGAAAUGUCAAAAUGUCCUUUUCCUCCGACUUUUAGGCCUACACUACGCAGGAACUGGUGGAACUGGUCGGCUACAUUUUUUUUUGCCAAACAACCCGAGACGUUUUCGCUCUUUUUCUUUUCUUUCUUUCUUUUUGACAAAUCAGAGAACCUCAUAGGAAAAUGAGACCUAGGAGGACUCGAAAUCCAUACAGCGCAGCAUGAGCGGCCCAAACAAACUGCUGACUCGUCAGUCUCUAAAACAACUCGAACUGAGAUUUAUUCACUGAAUAUUGAAAGUGUGAGGACGGCCUGGCAGCCGAAUCUAACCGCUUUUAUUAGACCUACAGCUUUUUUUUUGUUGUUGUUUUUUGUUAUAUGGUAUCUUUUCAAGCCCAAGUAGGCUACUAAAGCAUUGCAACAAGGUAUACCUCUAUUCGACCACAAGCUGCGUGGGAAAUUUACGUGUAUGUGUCCGUCCGAGAUUAUUAUUAUUAUUAUUAUUAUUAUUAUUAUUAUUAUUAUUAUUAUUAUUAUUAUUAUUAUUUCCCAAAGAUGUGUAUAGAUUUAAGUUAAUUUGUCGGGUCAUACAGCGGAGAUCUUUUUUUGUUUGUUCCUAUAUUACAAAAAUAAUUUAUUAUUUAUUGUCCAACGACCUGCCACUUUUGUGUACUAUCUUUAAUUGCUGAAGUAAAAAAAGAGGAAAUUUA